AUGGACGAGGGCCCGCCGCCUCCUCCGCCGCCGCAUGGCGAGAAUCCGCAUACCACGGAAGGCGAAUAUCGCAAAUCCUCCGAUCUUCCCCAGGGCAAUUACGACAUCUUCAUUGUCCCGCCUCACUCCGCUGGCUCGGGUUUCCUCUACCUUCCGUCUCUACAAUGCAACCGAAACAGUUUCCUGGCCGGUGUCGCGAGCACGCUACUGGUCGUGCUGGCUUGGGUGCUUGUCUCUCCGAUCUUGAAGGCAUGGUAUAUAGCCUCCGUCGGUAGUGGUAGUGGGAUGGGUAUGGCAGUGGUCGCCCUCGGCUUAGGCUUCGCUGGGUGGGCAUUUGGGUCCGCCCAGUCUGGUAGCCUGGGCGACAAGAGCAAUGGCAAUGGUGGCGCUCGAGGUGCACGGUUUGGAUUUAAUGGUUCUGGGGGCCCCGGCGGUCCUGGAGGCCCGGGUGGCCCUGGCAACGGUGGGUCAAACAGCAACCAGAACUCCUCCGGUGCCGGCUAUGGCCAGGGCACGAACUACGGUGGCAGUGGAGGCCAACGACAGCAGCAUGGAGGAAACUUUGGCGGACAACAGCGUGGCGGUCAGUAUUCUGGAAACCAACAUGGUGGGCCUCCUCCAAACGCUGAUAAUGAGAAGCGUGAAAAGGAAGAGGCCGAAAGGCGCGCCAAGGAGGAACGAGCCAAAGAGCAGCAGGCUAAGGAAGAGCGUGCUCGUGAGGAGCGGGCCAGGGAAGAACGGGCCAAGGAGGAACGGGCUAGAGAACAGCGUGCUAGGGAGGAUCGACUCAGAGAGGAACGUGCUAGGGAGGAGCGUGCCAAGGCAGAGCGCGCUGCUAAAGAAGCCCGUGCCAAAGAAGAAGCUGAGCGGGACCGCGCCAAAGAAGAGGCUAAGCGCAAAGAAGACUUGCGCCGCAAGAUGGAUGAGUUCAAGCGCAAACGCGACGCAGAAGCCAAGGAGAAGGAGAAGAAGCGUGAGCGCGAGGCCAUGGAAAAAGAACUCAAGGAGCGCCGCGAGCAGCUUGAAAAAGAAAUGGCUGCAGCUAAGGCAGCCGCCGAGAAGGAGGCUCGCGAUCGAAUGGAGAAAGAAGCCACUGAAGCUCGUGAGAAGGCCGCAAAGGCCGAAGCUGAGGCAAAAGCCAAAGCCGAGAAGCUGGAAGCAGAAGCCAAAGAACGAGCUGCCAAAGCUUCGGCUGAGAAAGAAGCCGCUGCAAAGGAAGCCGCCCACAAGGAAGCUAUGGCUAGGUUUGCGGCCCUCAAAGAAGCCGCUAGCAAGAAGUAUGCCGAGAAAAAAGCCCAAGACGCAAAGAAAGAGGCCGCUGCCAAACCACCUCCUAAGCCAGCGAGUGCUGGCAACCCCCCUCGAACACCUUCUCCCAAGAAACCGCCUCAUCCAACAGCCAACACUGCCGUCGAAGACGAUGCCUAUUCCUUUCGGCCCUACGACAGACCACGGCGCCCAUACGCAGCUGCAACUUCCGUCUACUCGGAGUCCUCUUAUGCGCCUUCUCACUCAACUGCGCGCACCACUCCUCCACCUUCACAUCGCAGCUCAUACUCAACCAAGGAUCCAGACAAGAUCGUGAUCCAAGGCGUCUAUGCCUUCAACAACGCCUUCAUGAAAACACCUAUAGCACAGCUCGUCUCCGGUCAAGGCAUGAUAACCGACGGUCUCGUACUCCGGAUCACAACAGAAGGCCUCUUCAUUGACGACGACCUGCGCGGCAUCGGCCAGCGCGAAUGGGACGUCAAAGCAUGGACCCUCAAGCUGGCCGAAGUAUGGUGUCCACAAGUGAACGCAGCAACCUCCGCCAAACAACCCUCCAGCAAUCCCUUCUCCUUCCGCCGCGGGAACAACGUCCCUACAAACGAGGAGUCAGAGGCCUUUCUUGCCAAUUUUCUUAAGGUCUGCAAAAAUACUUGCCGCCUGGCUUCGCCCAGUGCCUGCUUUUCUCGCAGCGCAGCUGGUAGCGGUGUCAAUGAAGGCGGCAAGUCUGACUUUCGUGGGCUCCACGUUCUACGCGCUAGUCUGCGCGAUCAAGAAGGGAAGAGGUAUGUCUUCGUAUUGCAGGAUACUGAGGCGUGGAAGGUCGCUAUUGGACUCCAGCGGCUACGGGCUGGUGCUCUAGUCCGCGCACUGGGUGUAUCAGCUAUGCCAGUUCCAGAAUGCAAGACUAUGCUCAGUGCUCUCGGCUAUGUUUGA